GAGCUGCGAUGGUCGAUGAUGACCUGCGAGACAGUAAAGAAGGGGGACACUAUUUUUGUGGGGCAGUAUCUCUUCACGGGAAUUGAAACCACCUCUGUAUGGCUGGAGGUUUUGGAGAUAAGGGGCCCAGAUAUCAUAUGUCUAGUCAAGAACAGCGCAUCCCUUGUAGGAUUUGUUUUUACCAUGCAUGUUUCCCAAGUCCAUAUUGAUUUGCCUACUUUAACAGACGUUGAUAGACAGGCUAUAUCAAAUUGGGGGACUCGUAACAAAGUUGACUUCAUUUCACUUGCAUAUACACGACAUGUAGAAGAUGUUCGAGAGGUCAGUUUAUUUUUUAUUGUCUUUAUUGUUCUUGACAUUAUUCUUGUUUCUUAGGCUUUGGCAUCAUUU